AUGACACAACCUUUCUUUGAGUACUUUAAUAAAUGGGAUCAUUACUUCAAGACCAUCAGUAAUUUUGAAUUGACAUUACAGGUGAGAGUGGGCCACCUGGACCUCCAGGCCCAAGAGGACCAACCUGCAGUAUUAUAUCUCACGGACCUCAAGGAAGUGAUGGUCUACCAGGUUUUGAUGGUCCACCAGAUAAGUCCUCCUGGUUUUCCAGGUGCUCCCGGGCUGCCUGAUAUCACAUUUCAAGGGGAUCCCGGAGAACCAGGUGCAGCGGGAGAACGUGGUGCUAAAGGACCACCCGGGGACUGGGGUCCAUGUGGACCUCAUGGCUUAGCAGCGCCACCAGGUCCAAAAGGUGAACCAGGAGAGCAGGGGUUUUCUGGGUUCCAUGGGCUCGAUGGACCUUUGGGAUUACCAGGUGAUCAAGGUGAACGGGGUUAUCCAGGUCCCAAGGGCGCUCAAGGUGAUCUAGGCCCAGCUAGUCCUGGUAUUUUUGAUGACGGGUUUGACAAAAGUGUAUACCAAGGAGAUCCUGGACCAUCAGGACCACCUGGACCCAAAGGGCACAAAGGCCAAGCUGGCCAGCUGGGUCACCAUGGCCCAGUUGGUCCCCCUGGACCUCCUGGAGACUCCGGCAGACCCGGGGAAUGUGGAAUCACCGGAGACCAAGGUCCUCCUGGAGAACAAGGGCCACCAGGAGAUCUGAGACUUUGCACUCCGACCCCUGGUGGGUUUCUGAUUGUGGUGCACAGCCAGUCAGACAGAAUACCUACAUGUCCUCAAAACAUGCAAAGCCUUUGGGAAGGAUACAGUUUGUUUUAUCUGGAGGGCCAGGGGAAGUCUCAUAGUCAAGAUCUUGGUCUAGCGGGCUCUUGCCUGCCAAUGUUCAGUACUGUGCCAUUUGCAUAUUGCAGCAUUGAUGAAGUUUGCCACUAUGCCACUAGAAACGACAAAUCCUACUGGUUGUCCACCACGGCGCCUCUCCCCAUGAUGCCUCUCGCUGAUAGUGAGGUAAAGCCUCACAUCAGCAGGUGCUCUGUCUGUGAGGCACCUUCUGUCGCAGUGGCUGUACACAGCCAGGACCAGGCUAUCCCUCCUUGCCCCUCAGGAUGGAUCAGCUUAUGGAUUGGAUAUUCAUUCUUGAUGCUUACUGGAUCUGGUGCAGAAGGUGGGGGUCAGUCUCUAACAUCACCUGGGAGCUGCCUAGAGGAUUUCCGCUCGACACUAUUCAUCGAGUGCCAAGGGGCACGUGGCACCUGCCACUACUUUUCAGAUAAAUACAGCUUCUGGCUGACAACUGUGCAACCAAACCACCAGUUCGGACUAAAUGCCCCUUCAGAAACUCUGAAGACCGAGCAACUACAACGGCAAAGUGUCAGCAGAUGUCAAGUUUGUUUGAAAAACAACUGAUUUCAACUGCAUUGGAAUUCAACACGAUAAAACAAAAUGGUAAAAUGUUUUACCAAAAAGGAAGACGGCAAUUCAUGCCUAAUGUUUAAUGGUGCUUAUUUAAUUUCUUUCUAAGUUCACCUUCAACUACAUCUGAUUAGAGAUAUCUGUCAGGACAAUGUAGAAAUUACACUGGCACGAGCAUGCUUAUGAUAAUCAAUACAUUAAAAGUAGAAACUAUGGAAAUUAAAUUUUAUAUGA